CCUGUUUGUGUGACUUGAGCAGGAAUCGGUAGGAAGCGAAGGUGUCUGACAUUGGUCGAAUUCCUGCGUUUGUUUUCAUUUUCACUCCACCGAAGGCCAAAGACUCUGAGACAAUGGAUUCUUUCAAAGGACCGUGUCCACAUCACAGUAUGCCAGUCGAGAUGGAUGAGAGGAUGAGCCCCUCCGUUCUGGAUUCGGCCUGGUUUCCCUCGUGUGAACGGUGUCAGAGGAACACAGGAAGCAGCACACAGGAGCAGGGGGGUCCUGGAGGAGCAGCACCCAGCAGGAACCCUGACCCAGAGUGGAGGACCGCUGCUGCACGGCCGCCGCCGCCAGCACAUCUGGAUGAAGGACGGUUCCUGGCUCAGCGGAGCACAGGACCUGCAGGCCCCCCAAGCUGGCCUCGGGUCCCCUCCAUGGAAGAGUCUCUGGAGCUGCCACUUCCACUCGUGUCAGAUCCCAUCUACAGCCAGCACGGAGCAGCUCGGCAUCCGGCAGCACAUCUGCAUGACCUGGGUCCGGUGCAGAGGAGUGGGGUGAGACGGUGUGCCUGCUGCCCUCCAGCAAAUCCCCCGCGGCACGAUCACAGUCCUGUUCACUACGACCCCUAUUACCCCGCCGACCUCCACCACCGGCAGGCCGGGCCCCAGCCCCAGCCCCUGCACCAGCACCAGCACCAGCACCAACAGGAGCACCAGUACCAGCAGCCACCGGCUCCCGUCCACAGCAGGCCAGACGGGUGUGCGGCGCAGCACCGAGACGUGAUGCUGGAGGUCAGCGUGAACCGCUCGCUCUCAGAGGGCCGAGGGGCGGUCCGGGGGGAGAUCCGGAAGACCAUCAGCCUCCCCGAGGAGAGCAGACAUGUUUUCAUUACCUACUCGGUGGACACGGCCAAAUACAUGCUUCCCUUCGUCAAAUUCCUCACUGAUCAGGGCUUCAAACCAUCAAUCGACAUGUUUGACGAUCCGAUCAGAAGAAUGAGCAUCAACAAAUGGAUGGACAGCUUUCUGAACGACAAAUCAGUGCUGAUCAUCGUGGUCGUCAGCCCCGGGUACAAAGAGGACGUGGAGGGAGACGGAGACGACGAGCACGGACUGCACACCAAGUACAUCCACAACCAGAUUCAAAAUGAGUUCAUCCAACAAGGCUGCCUGAACUUCAGACUGGUUCCAGUGUUGUUCCCGAAUGCAACAAAGAGACACGUUCCGAACUGGCUGCAGAGCACCCGGAUCUACCGCUGGCCCCUGGACACCGAGGACCUCCUGCUGCGCCUCCUCAGGGAGGAACGCUACAUCAUCCCACAGUGUGGGGCUGACCUGACUCUGACCAUCCGCCCUCUCUGAGCCCCACAGAGCCCUAUAGACCCCACAGAACCCUAUAGACCCCACAGAACCCUAUAGACCCCACAGAGCCCUAUAGACCCCACAGAGCCCUAUAGACCCCCAUAGAACCCUACAGAUCUCCAUAGACGCCCACAGAUCCCUAUAGACCUUUUCACAGCAGUCAAUUAUUAAAACUAAUCUGUACAACUCGAACAAUGCUUGGAUGACGUCAAUAAAAACUAUUUGGAAUAAAUGAAUAUCAUCACUUUAUCACCAUUUUAAAUGA